GAACGACCCGCCCGCCGAGCCCCGUUUCCACCGGGCAGUAUAGCGCGCAGCGCUGCCUGCUCGCUGGUGACGCCAUCAGUGGGACAUGCUGCUGCGCCGAGUUCGGUGUGUUAAACUUUAAUAGCGGCGCUUUGACGUCUGUUGUUCUGACGAUCUCACACUUCUGUGACCAUGGGGAUUCUCGAGAAGAUAGCCGAGAUCGAGAGAGAAAUCUCUCGGACACAGAAAAACAAAGCAACUGAGUACCAUCUAGGUCUGCUGAAAGCCAAGCUAGCCAAGUACAGAGCCCAGCUUUUGGAGCCUUCAAAGUCAGCAGGAGCAAAAGGUGAAGGUUUUGAUGUAAUGAAAUCAGGAGAUGCCAGGGUGGCUCUAAUUGGAUUUCCAUCUGUUGGCAAGUCGACCUUUCUCAGCUUGAUGACUUCGACAGAAAGCGAAGCUGCCUCAUACGAGUUCACUACAUUGACCUGCAUCCCGGGUGUUAUUGAGUACAAAGGUGCCAAUAUACAGCUGUUGGAUUUGCCUGGAAUCAUUGAAGGAGCCGCCCAAGGAAAGGGUAGAGGCAGACAGGUCAUAGCUGUAGCCAGAACUGCGGAUGUGGUCAUCAUGAUGUUGGAUGCAACCAAAGGAGAUGUUCAAAGAGAACUUCUCGAAAAAGAGCUUGAAUCAGUUGGGAUCAGACUCAACCGGUCCAAACCAAACAUUUAUUUCAAGCCUAAGAAAGGUGGUGGUCUCUCCUUCAACUCGACCGUUCCUCUUACGCAUUGUUCUGAGAAGCUUGUUCAACUCAUUCUCCACGAAUACAAAAUCUUCAACGCUGAGGUUUUAUUUAGAGAAGAUUGCACAUCAGAUGAAUUUAUUGACGUCAUUGUGGGCAACAGAGUGUACAUGCCUUGCUUAUAUGUGUACAACAAAGUGGACCAAAUCUCAAUAGAAGAAGUUGAUCGUCUUGCCCGUCGAGCCAAUAGUGUGGUUAUCAGCUGUGGCAUGAAACUGAAUCUAGACUACCUCCUGGAACAGCUGUGGGAAUACCUGGCUCUGAUUUGUUUGUACACUAAGAAGAGAGGAGAACGGCCAGAUUUCGGUGAUCCAAUCAUCAUGAGACGAGCUGCAACAGUGGAGCAUGUGUGUCACAGAAUUCACAGAACAUUAGCCAGCCAGUUCAAGUAUGCACUUGUCUGGGGGACAAGCACAAAGUACAGCCCUCAGCGAGUUGGACUUACACACGUUAUGGAACAUGAGGACGUCAUUCAGAUUGUGAAGAAAUAAAAUCAGCUUCAGAAAUCAUAAAAAUGCACAGGACCUUUAAUCCUGCAUUUACUUUACCCAGAUGUCAUGAAGCAAACUUUACCCAAGAUUUUGCCAAAAAAGCAAAGAUGGAUUUGAAUUAUUUUGUGGAAGUUUAGAGCCCGUGUAAAAUGGUGUGGGACAAACACCCCAAUUUUAACUUUCCACAGUUACGGAAAAGGGCAUUGCUACUACAGUUAAAAGGAAUUACUGUAAAUUGAACUGGUUGUGUAUCUCAUCUUUCAGCAGUUUAAAGAUCACUAAUGUUUAAAUUGAAAGCAAUAAAAUCUCCAUGUUCAAAGGUUUAGAAAUGAGAUUUUGUUAUAAAACCAGUAGUUUUAUUGUCACUGUUUCAAAGAAAUGGGAGUCCACUGUUAUUGCCCCUUGUCUUUGAUAAAUAAAAAGAACGACAGCACA